AUGACUGCAAAAACAUUCCUGCUUCUGCUCAUAACGAGUCUCCUCAUAUCAAGUUAUGGUGAAGAAAUAUCAGAUGAAAUUAAGAAUUUAGAAGACAGUGAAGAAAAUAUAGAAGAUACAACAUUACAUUCCGAAGAAUACGAUGAGUUUAGAACUACAACUCAGCUACCGCAAGAUGAUGAAGUAAAAAGUAACAGAUUUGAACAUAACAGACCAAUGGAUGAAGAUAUUAAGAACAGAAUAGAUGAUUUGGUGAAAAAAGAGCUUGAAGCAAGAGCCAUUCAAAGUAGAGAUGAAGGUUUAUUAACAGAUGAGAGUUAUCAUAAAAUAGACAAAGAAGAAAGUGUAGAGAAUAUGACGGAUGCUGUUGAAAUUACACCGUCUAGCUUGAACAAUGAUGUUGAUGAACAAUCAAAUCUAACCAAUAACAUACUAGCAAUGACAGAAACCAUACCAGUGCAGACUACAACCAAAGCCUUAGAAGACGAGUCAGUAUUGCAGAAUCCCAAAGAUAUGGAAACAUCUGGACCAAGGAUUGCGAAAUCAGAUAAUGAUCCAGAAAGAAGCUACACACAGGGUCCACCACAAUCGACCAGGUCCAUCGUCCGUGGCUGGCUGGACGACACCUGGAUCCGUUCUCCUGUGGGCAUUUUGGUGCCACUAAGGGCAACGGCGCUGAACAGAGCGCUGGCCGUCUGGACUGACCUGAACACCAGCACAUUGAACCUGUCUCGAGUUUGCUUCAUGGCUUAUGAUGAAAACGGUAUAAGCUGGCGAUCAAAACACAGCCUACAUCCGACGUCGUACGGCAACCAUGAUAAGACUGUAACAGAGGCGCUUUCAAAACUUCUACUUAAAUACCAGGCUAUUAUGAACGUCGACUCAAGCGAUUCAAGGGCCGACGGCACCAUGCGAGCUUUAACGGGUGCUGCCAAAUUGGUGCCCUACGACAGUGCACUGUUCGUGAUCACGGAUGAAGGACCUGGAGAUAUGAAUCGACUGCAGCUAGCACUCAGGGCAGUGGUGGAAAAAAGGUUGAAGGUCUACACAUUAUGGACGAAUCCAAAUUACCCAGAUGCAGAGACCGACGAAGGUCUGCUGGCUCUGAAGAAUAUAUCACAGCACACAGAAGGAGACGUGAUACCAUAUCCACUUCAAGUCAUUGACAUAGAUGCCUCCAGUAACUUAGCUGAAUUGGAGCAAUGGUCAUAUUUAUACAAGCAAGGAAGGCGUCCAAAGCUGUUCCAGGAUACAACACCGGACAAAUUUGAUUUGCUCGUUGUCCGCCGUGGCGCUGGCCAAGUGAUAUCUCUGGGAGUUCCAGUUGAAAACGGAGUGACUGCCCUCAGGAUAUUCAUUGAGGGCGCCGUGGAACAUGCUGUGCUUUACCCGCCCAAUGAUGCUCUACAAAUUGACCUAUACAACGUAUCGUCGGUAUCUGCCUUCUCCCCAUCAUCGAGGACUGAAGGUUUAUCACCCAGGGACGUACACCUCGUAUUUCCUGGCAACACCUUCGACUUCGAUACAUUAUCAGUGUUACCAGCAUAUGAUUCAGCUUUCGUUGGCAUGUGGCAUCUGAGCGUGAGAUGCGACACUUGCGAUUACAGACUCUGCUUCUCUGCAAAGACGCUGAUACAUUUUGAUGCUGUGGUUGAAACCGCAAAUACUCUCAAGUUACGUGUCUCUGGGCCAGUCGCCAGCGUGAGAGAAUCCCAGCUGGUGGAUGAAUAUGGAACAGAAUUGGCCAAACUGACAUUCAGCUACCAACCCAUGGCUGGAGACGGACAAAACCUGGAGUACAACCCAAACUUUGAGCUAGUAGCAGACGUCGCGUUACCACCAGUGAAGGCUUCCAAGAUCUACACCAAAAUCGUCGGGCGAGAUGUGAGAGGACAACCCUUCGUCCGCCUAUCUGGACCUCUAGUCCAGCCCGAAGUCCGCCUGGGAAGGUCAGCGGCCAUAGUGUUUCCAGACUCCUUAAACGACCUGGAGAGAGCUGAGGAGUUCAACUCCAGGGCAUACAAUAAUCAGUUUCGUACUAAUGAUAGUGAUGUACCUUUAAGCAGGAUUUCUCAGAUAAUAAAUCAACAAGGUACUCUACUCACAACCGUACAGAUCGGUCUGGCAUCCAGACUACAUGGAAAUCCUGGAGACAGAUUACAGUUACACUUUGAAGUAACGAACUUCAGAGAACAGUCUGUGAGGUUCGAUUUCGGAGCUGUUGGAGAAAUGAGGUUCCUGACAGGCAUCAAUCCAACCUCACAAAUUAUACCCUCGGGACAAACGGUCAACGUCAUCGUCAGCCUAACCAUACCGACUACUGCUCAGCCAGGAGCCAGAGAUACCAUCACCUUUACUGCUUAUGGCAACGAGCAACUAUCAAUGUCUGCAUACAUUUCCGUCUCCAACGCACAAGCUACUAUUGACACUUGGGCACCAGAAAUGAGACACAUCUUCCAGGGUACUUGUCUUGGAAGAACUGGAGACGACUGCGCUUUACACACCUGGGCGGUGACUGUGAUAGCCAGGGACCCAGGAGCAGGUCUCCUCCGUCUCUCAUCGUCUCCGAUCGGCUUAAUAUACAACGAAGAGUUCACGUCUGGGACCAGAGAGGAAGUGAUAGCGACAUAUAGGGCUACCUGCUGCGCUCCAAGACUGCUAGUCAGCGCUGUGGAUGCCGUCGGAAAUGCUAACAGUUAUACCAUUGAUAUUUCUUGGUACCUAACGGAAACAGCAAUAGCUGCAAUAGUUUUAGGAGUAUUCCUGGCCAUCGCACUCAUAGUACUACUGAUCCUUCUAAUAUACUGGUGCGUGAAGAAGCGAAGGGAGACCAGAGAGCUACCUAACUUUAAUACCAGGAGUUAG